AUGUUCAACAACGGAGGCUACAACACUGCCGGAUUCAUACCUCCACCUCUAAGUCUCCCUCGGACGCUUCCACCCAACUUCGGGCCCGGGGUUCAAGUUCCCAGCAGGGCCAGCACUCAGUAUAUGAACCCUCACCCAUUGGCCCCACAGCCCAACCUGCAGGCUGGACGACUCCCUCCACAAUUGAUGGCCGUCGAUGAACCGAUGCCAAUGGCGUCCGAGAACACUCCCCGCUUCAGGACCAACGCUGCGUUGUUCAACGACCCUGAAUACCUCAACCUCCUCAAUCGAAGCUCGAAUCCACAUUCGCCGAGUCCGUUCAAUUACAGCCAUCGGCAGGCACCAGUACCAGCGGGUUACGGCCCUCAGCCCCCGGCUUUCGCUCAUGGCCCGAUGGGAGGGUUUCCCGCCAGCCUCCCGGUCCAACAGCCAGAUACGACUAUGAUUCCGAGUUAUGGGCUCGACUCUCAUGAUUUUGAUCCUGAGCCGGAUCCGGACUCUAGGACUCUAAGGUGGAUCCAGUCGCAGGCUCAAUUUAUUAGUACUCAGGUCCUCCGAGUCGCCGAUUCUCCGGAUGUUCCAGGCUCCAAACAGACCAACACUGACUUUAUGGCUAAUACUAAUCUUCAAGUUCCAGGCUAUACGAGCCCUCACGUUGCGCUGGAUGGCGGCGCUGCUUGGACUGGUGUCGCUCCUACCAGUGGUAGCCAAUGGCACUCAAACCCUCCGCCAUCUCCAUAUUCAAGUUUUCCUAGCCGCCAAAACCAGGCUCCCGUCGUCGGUCCCGGGCCAUUGCAGUCCAACUUGAACUAUCAUACACCACCCCACCCACCACCACCGCUGGCACCACACAAUCCAACUGCUAACGCAUUUACGCCGGAAACGGCCUCGCAUCUCUCUUCCGGAAGUUUCCAGCCAACGACCGCCAGCCGCAAUGAACGGACGAUCAACCCACCCAAAUUUGGACGCGCUGCGUACCUCCACUUUCGCGACACAUAUGGGAGUGGUGCUGCCCAAGCCGUUGGCACCGGUAGCGGCCGGCACACACACACUCCGCAUAUUCGGAGCCCCCUCGGCCUCUCCCAGACGCAGCCAGUCGCUGGGCCAUCCCGCCCUAUUAGCUUGGAUCACGCGCCACACAAUUCGAUGGAGUUCAGCUCCACGCCAACAAGCGUGAACAUUCCGCCAGAACCGAUGCUGGUAGACGAAGAACGCCACAACACGGCUUCAGCAUUUACAUCGUCUUCGGCCGCCGAAUCAGAGUCAGAUGGCAGUGACUCUGAAGCUGAGUCUGAGACUAGCACUGAGCGCGGCGGUGAACCAGCCACUGCGCAUGAACAUCACCCGCCCCUGCCACGGUUUAGCUACGGGCCCAGUGGUUUGCCCCCAAGGCUCCAAAAGGAAUACGAUGCUCUUGUAGAAGGCUUCCGACAGCAGCUGGACAGAGUUUCCGCUCAGCUCGACGCCGACAUAGAGGCCCUUGCAGUGCAUAAAACACAACACGAUGCUAGCACGGUCGAUAGCCAGACACACUGGGAUUGGCAAUCGAAAGCUGAAAUACUGCAGAAGAUGGUUGAGAGUGGUCGUCGACAGAAGGGUGAGCUGACGUCCAUCGUCGACAACCUCAAAGAUGGUGCAUCAGGCCGUCAGGCAUAA